GAGAAUAAACAGAUUUUCGGACCCAGAUUUUAGCCUUAACGAAAAUUGACACAAAAAGCUAAAGUAUUCAGUCUUUGUAUCGGAGACUGGAAACACAACCCCCUCUCCUUCUCUCUCUCUCUCUCUAUAAUUUCUUUACGAAUUUUGAGGAAUUGGGCAUGAUUUCAUCACUACCCAAGUCCAAGUGUAUAUAUAAUAGCACACUCACAUGGGCAAAACUUUAAAGAAAAUCCAACCUCAUAAGUGAGUGACUGCCCUUUUAUUUCUCCCCUUUGUUUAUUUAUUUUUUUCUUUUUUUGUUUUUAAUUUCCUUGGAAGUCUCAAGCAAGCCUGUCAGAAAGAUAAAACCAAGGCCACGGAAUUAGAAGAAGAAGAAGGAGUAGUAGUAGAGAGAAAUUUCAGAGGGGAGCUUUCAAAGACAUUGGAAAUGGCGAGACAGUGAAAUUUUCAAUUUAAUGGUCAAUUCGAGUUUGGCAAUUUGAGAAGAUGCUCAGUACGUUUCGUUGGGCAAAAGCUAAGAACCUAUGGCGCUGCUGCGGUGAUUGCAGAAGAAGACAAGGCCAAUGCACACGACCAAAUUACUUUGCCAAACAGACAAGACAACCAAAUUUCCCACUCAUGAUCAUGGAUUCUUCUAACCUCGUCCCUGUUCUUGUUUUUUCCCUUCUUGUCGUUUCGUCGUUUUGUCCCGUUCAUUCAGACGACAAAAAUAUCCUUCCCAAUAACCACACGGCCACGCUCCAGCCGGAGGAUGAAUUAAACAAGUUGAAGCUCAUUAGAGCCCAUCUCAAGAAAAUCAACAAGCCCCCCGUCAAAACCAUUCAGAGUCCGGACGGGGAUCUUAUAGAUUGUGUAAUAUCUCAUCACCAGCCGGCUUUUGAUCAUCCAUUGCUGAAAGGACAGAAGCCAUUGGAUCUGCCGGAGAGACCUUAUGACCGGAGCCCUUCCGGCGGAGGGGCAUCGGAAACGUUUCAAUUAUGGAGCAUGUCCGGCGAGUCUUGCCCGGAAGGAACUGUUCCGAUCAGAAGAACGAGGGAAAAGGAUAUGCUGAGAGCCAGCUCCGUUCAAAGAUUUGGAAGAAAAGUUAGAAGAAGACGCAUUAGAAGAGACUCCACCAGCAACGGCCACGAGCAUGCAGUGGGAUUUGUAAGCGGAGAACAGUACUACGGAGCAAAGGCGAGCAUAAACGUAUGGGCGCCGCGGGUGACGAAUCAAUACGAGUUCAGUCUGUCACAGAUGUGGGUCAUUUCUGGUUCAUUUGGGGAUGAUCUAAACACCAUUGAAGCUGGCUGGCAGGUUAGCCCAGAGCUAUAUGGAGACAAUUACCCUAGAUUUUUCACUUAUUGGACAUCAGACGCAUAUCAAGCGACUGGAUGCUACAAUUUACUCUGCUCGGGCUUCGUUCAGACCAACAGCAGAAUCGCCAUUGGAGCUGCAAUUUCUCCAACUUCUUCCUACAAUGGCGGCCAAUUCGACAUCAGUCUACUGGUUUGGAAGGAUCCAAAGCAUGGGAAUUGGUGGUUGGAAUUCGGGUCGGGCGUGCUGGUCGGGUACUGGCCCGCAUUCUUGUUCACUCACCUUCAAAGCCACGCGACGAUGAUUCAGUUCGGUGGGGAGGUGGUGAAUUCGAGGGCCUCUGGAUUUCACACGGCGACGCAAAUGGGCAGCGGCCAUUUCGCCGGCGAGGGCUUUGGAAAAGCUUCGUAUUUUCGUAACCUUCAAGUAGUGGAUUGGGACAACAGCUUAAUUCCACUGUCAAACUUGAAGGUUUUGGCAGAUCAUCCAAAUUGCUACGACAUUCAAGGAGGGAUUAAUAGAGUUUGGGGAAAUUACUUUUACUAUGGUGGGCCUGGAAGAAAUGUGAGAUGCCCCUAAUUGGGUCUGUUUCUCUCCAAUGUAAUUUUCUUGUGGGGGUGAUUUGGGUUUUUUUCGUUUUUUCUUGAGAGAAAAGUGUGAGAUAUUCUUGUAUUUGUUUCCUAUUUUAGUUCAUUUUUUGGUCCCUUCUAAUUCAAAUCACUAAAGUGUGAGAAUCGGGAGGACCAUUGUAAAUUUUGACAAAGAAAUAGUGAAUUAUACUAAGAUUGUGGAAUUUAUUCUCA